AUGGGUUUACUUGGUGAUAUUGCAAGUCCUAUUUCUUCACUUGUUGGAAUUAAAAUGCAGAAUGACGCUGCGGAAAGUCGUAACAAUGCGAAUAUUGCAUUUCAGAAAGAGGCCAACGCAAUGAACUUGGCUCUUGCUCGCGAAUCUUUUGAUUAUCAGAAAGAGCUUAAUGAAUUGACUAUGCAGAGAGAGGACACUGCUUAUCAGCGUUUGGUCAAAGACCUUAAAGCCGCCGGGUUAAGUCCAGCUCUUGCUUUAGGCUCUGGCGGUUCACAAACGGCUACAUUCAACAGUUCUGACCUUGGUAAUGUAAAAGCUCCAUACAGUGAAUAUCAGAGCAACCUUGGCGCUAUAGUGGGCUCUCUGCCUCAAUUUUUUCUAGACGCACAGGAACAACAGGCGCGUAUCGAUAACAUCAACGCUAAUACAAGUAAUAUUAACAGGCUUACUGAACAUCUUGAUUUUUCUGAAACUAUGGACGAUUUAGACAUGGCUUUGAAACGUCAGGCUGAAUCACGGUUGCAAUCCGGUAAUGCCUCGUCUAUUGCUUUGAAUGAAGCUCGCAUUGCUGAAAUUACAGAAAAUUGUAACGUACUUGUUGCACAGUGUGAAAAAGUUUUGGCUGACACACAGAGUACUAAGGCACAGACUGCAAAAGCUUUGGAAGAACUUUAUCAAAUGCAAAAUACCUAUGAAACUAGGAUUAAGUCAUUACAGUUGUCAAAUGAUAAACUUGAGGCUGAUAUAAAAGAAAAGUGGUACGAACUUAACAGAAAGAUUAAUACUGCUACAUCUUCUAAUAGCUCUUUUAUUGGUAAAACUGCUGGCGAUUUUAAUGCCGCUAUUCAGUCUGCUGGUGUUCCUACUGCGAAAAUAAGACGUAGUAAACACAAUUUGUCGUAUGACAAAAAGUUUAGCGGUAAACUUGGUGUAUGUUAUCCGGUAAUGUGUGACGAGUUUGUCCCCGGUGAUAUUGUCAAGAUUUCUAAUCUUUUCAAUGUUCAGUUUGCUCCUAUGGUCGCUCCUUUUAUGGACGAUGUUGUCGCAAAAUGUUAUUAUUUCUUUGUUCCAAAUAGAAUUACUUGGGAUAAAUGGGAAAACUUUCUUAAACAGUGUAUUUCUGACCCUGUUACAGGUCUUGCACGUCCACUUAAGGAUUCUGAUAAUAUUUGUAUUCCUCAUUGGACAGAUUCUGAUGAUACUACUACACAUACUAUUGAAAAAAACUCUAUUGGAGAUUUUAUUCUUGGUUAUGUUGGUAAAUAUCCUAAAGAUUCUGCUCCGGUUGACUUUCCUAGACGUGGUCUUAACAUGAUUUUCAAUCAUUAUUUCCGUGAUGAAAAACUUGAUAAACCUAGAGAUUUGACUGAUGAAUCACUUUUCCGUGUUCGUUGGGAAAAAGACUAUUUUACAUCUGCUAACCUUUCUGCACAGUUUGGUGACCCUGUUGCACUGCCGCUUUCAGGCUUUGCCCCUAUCACUGACUUUUUGCGUCAGACCGGUUCAGGUCUUGCAGAAUAUAUUAGUCCUACUCCGGUUCUUAAAGGUACUAUGGGAGAUUCUGUAGGUCAGCACCAGCGUACACAGGAAGGUAUUUUUGAAUCCGGUGGUAAUACAGUUAUUUUAACUAAUAGUUUGGAUUCUCCGGCUAGUUACGGCCACGGUGUUUCCGCUACAACUUUUGUUGAAACUGCUACAUCUACUCCUAGUCUCAAUUCUGCUUUUUUUGCUGGAAAUGGUUAUAAUAACGGUAAUAAGCCUAACGAUUUUGAAGGUGCUAUUGUUGGCGGUAUGUGGAAAAACGGUGUUCCAACUCCAUCUUUUAUCGGUGCUAUGCCUGAUUCGCGUUACGAUUCACAAAAUCCGUCUACUUAUGUGUCUACUUAUUUAGGCGGUGCCGUUGGUCUUGCUAAUCAGUUUGGCGGUGACCUUAGUUCUUAUCUUGGUAUUUUCGGAGUUAAUGAUUCUGAUGUAUUUGAACAUACAGGCAAUACUUUGAAAUAUUCAAAAGAAUUGUUUGCAAAUAGGCAAAUGCCUAGACAGUUAGUAGCAGAUUUAAGUCGCGCUGGUACUUUUGAUAUUUCGGAUUUACGUCUUGCUAAACAGUUACAACAUUGGAAAGAAUUGGUAAAUGUUUCCGGUUUGCGUUAUACUGAAUAUUUACAGGCACAGUACGGUGUUCACCUUAACGAUGAUAGAGUUCAAGAACCUAUCUAUUUAGGUUCAACAAAAACUCACAUUGUUUCUAAUACUGUUAUGCAGACUGCUGGCGAUACAGAUACAGAAAAUCCUACUCCUAUCGGUACUCGAUACGGUUCUGCCUCUAAGUCUUCCGGUGGUAGAGUUUGUACUUUCCAUGUUAAAGAACAUGGCUAUAUUUUUGGCCUUUUCUUUAUUAAGCCUAUGGCAAAUUAUGCACAAGGUAUUAACAGACAGUUCAUUAAAAACAGUUGGUCUGAUUUCUUUAAUCCUUUGUUUACUAACAUUGGCGACCAAGAGAUAUUUAAUGAAGAAAUAUUUGUUGAUGAAAGUAGUGACUCUAACAAUAAAGCUAUUUUUGGCUUUCAGGCUCGCAACAAUGAAAUGAGAACAAAACAGAAUAUGAUUUGUUCUGAUAUGCGUGAUACUCUUGCC